AUGGCUUCCGCAUCUCCCACCCAUCCCAAUCGAUCUGAAUCUGUCGAAAAGUCCAUGCGCCAAAAAACAAGGUCGUCGCAAAUCAAGCCUAAUGAAAAAAGCCAAGAUGGUGCGACGCUGAUGUCUGUGUGGGCAUACACCUUCGGGAAACCGGCCAAGUAUUUAUCUUAUAAGCGGAUGCUUCGGGGCUUGCCCAGGACAUCUCUAACCUGGGUGAAAUAA